CGCGCCCGCCUGCUUCUUUGCAGCCGCAGGGAAGAGGCACGAGGUGCGCUUUUCCUGGGAGUCUUUGCAUGUAAAUCUCUGCACCAGUUCCGUGAAGCUGAUCUUCCGUCUGGGAGCCGUAUGCUCGUUGGGAGCAGAAGGAGCGAGAACAGGAGACGGCUAAGCCUGCCCUUGGCUGCCGCACGCGCGGGAGACUGUGUUGAUCUCUCCAUCAGAGCCACCCCAGCCAUCUGUGACUGAGCUCCCUGAAUCAGAGGUGGACGAGGAGGAGGAGGGAGGCAGCUUCAGCAGCCGGCGGAUAACCCUGCCCUCCGUGGGUUUGUAUUACCGGAGCAUGCACUGAUUUGCUGCCUCGUCUUUAGACCCAUCCCAGUCAUCAGGGUGUGUGGUGCAUGGUGUGUGGGGGGGAUCCACUCUCUCUGUAAUAAAUGAUAGAGGAUACAAUGACUUUGCUCUCUCUGCUGGGUCGGAUCAUGCGUUACUUCUUGCUGAGACCAGAGACCCUCUUCCUGCUAUGCAUCAGCCUGGCCCUGUGGAGCUACUUCUUCCAUACGGAUGAAGUCAAGACCAUCGUCAAGUCCAGCAGGGACGCGGUGAAGAUGGUGAAGGGCAAGGUGGCCGAGAUCAUGCAGAACGACCGGCUCGGGGGUCUGGAUGUGCUGGACGCGGAGUUCUCCAAGACGUGGGAGUUUAAGAACCACAACGUGGCUGUCUAUUCCAUCCAAGGCCGGAGAGACCACAUGGAGGACAGGUUUGAAGUGAUCACGGACCUGGUGAACAAGACCCAUCCUUCUAUAUUUGGGAUAUUUGAUGGGCAUGGAGGAGAGUCAGCAGCAGAAUAUGUGAAGUCCCGCUUACCUGAAGUCCUAAAACAGCACCUGCAAGACUAUGAGAAAGAUAAGGAGAAUAGCAUAUUAUCCUACCAGACCAUCUUGGAACAACAGAUUCUGUCAAUUGAUAGAGAAAUGUUGGAAAAGUUGACUCUGUCGUAUGAUGAGGCAGGUACAACAUGUUUGAUUGCCUUACUGUCAGAUAAGGAGCUCACAGUGGCCAACGUCGGGGAUUCGAGGGGCGUCUUAUGUGAUAAGGAUGGAAAUGCUAUUCCUUUGUCGCAUGAUCACAAGCCCUAUCAGCUUAAGGAGAGGAAGAGGAUUAAAAGAGCUGGUGGCUUCAUCAGUUUCAAUGGUUCCUGGCGUGUUCAGGGGAUCCUGGCCAUGUCUCGCUCCCUUGGAGAUUAUCCGCUGAAAAAUCUGAACGUCGUCAUCCCAGACCCUGAUAUCCUGACCUUUGAUCUGGACAAGCUCCAGCCAGAGUUCAUGAUCCUGGCAUCCGAUGGGCUGUGGGAUGCUUUUAGCAAUGAGGAGGCUGUUCGGUUCAUCAAGGAACGCUUGGAUGAACCCCACUUUGGAGCCAAGAGUAUAGUCCUCCAGUCAUUCUACAGAGGAUGCCCCGACAACAUAACAGUCAUGGUGGUGAAGUUCAAGAGUACUAGUAAAACAGAAGACCAGUAAAUGUCAUGUGUCUCUCUGCAUCUCUCUUGGUGAACUUCUUCAACAAACCUUUACACUUCAACGCAGUAGACAGCUGUAGCAAGUAUAUUCACAUUAAGACUGUACCUCCAAAAAAAGAAAAAAACUUGGGAUGAGGAAAAUUGCUGUUUUGAUAAAACAGCAAUGCAGCAAACCCAUUCAAAAGCAAUGUUUAAGAAACAAAUCUCCCUUCCCACCACCAUUUUCUUUCUUGCAGCUCUGUAAGGGUGUAAGCUUAGCACAUUCUCCCAUUGUAAAGGCUGAAGACUCCCGCUUUGAAUACCUGCAUUUUCUCCUCUUUCAAAUACUUCCUGUUUCUUAGUUGCCACCUGAGAGCUGGAAUCCACACUUUAGACAAGCAGCGCAGGGGCAAGACAGGAAUGACUUGUCGCUGGUCCGCAAGCCAUAGGAAUGACAUUGGCUUUUCAGCAGUGUAAUGUGAUCUCCACUCUGCAAUGCAACUGCUAUGUUUGGUUUGUUUGUUUUUUCCUGAUCUGCAUACGUAGGAAGGCAGGUGGCAGAGGGCUUUGCAAUUGUUGAUCUGUCUUUUUCCUAAACAAAUGGAAAAGAGCAGCCUUUCAGUGCAAAACAGGCAAUCCUCCUUUCGCUUUUCAUAGUUAAACAUACCCUUUCUGAAACAUAAUUAGGGCCAUGCUAUUGAGCUUCUCCAUAGCUGUGUAUUUAUACUGUCUGUACGCAUGCCUUUAAUGACGCCUUGCCUUUCUAACUCCAACCACAGAUAGCUUUCUGUGGUCCUUGCUCGUCAGGAAAUUGCACUAACAGCUUUAACUCUUGCUUCUAGAUGCGCUGGUUGUCAGGACAGAUCUGUAACUGCUCGAUAAUUGUCAGAGAUUGGAGUGCGCAGCAAUGAGGGAAAUCAACACUAUUUUAGCAAAAGAGAUGCCUAGAUGGGAUUGAGAUUUUGUUUUCAAUUAUCAACAUAGGAUCAGAUGGGGGCAGGGAUGUUGCAAGCAUGCUGAAAUGAAAAGUAGUUGCCUAAUUAUUUUGGGUUUCUUUUAAAAACAGUGUUUCACUAGGAUAGAAGCUUAGUUCAAAAGAUUUGGGGGGAAUGGUUUUGACAGCCUAGACAGUUAAUGUUGUCAUUAAUCCGAGAUCUUCGUUAGGGAUGAAAAGUCACAAUUAGACUGAUUUAUAAUUAGGAGCCUAUGCAUCAUGUAUGCUGGUUGUAGAAAAUUGACUUUUUUCCAGAUUUCAGUAUUCCUUACUUAGAUGCGACCUGGCUGUGAAGCUCCUACCCCACUCGUCAUUUGAUGAGGUCCUCAAAGGAAUGGGCAAGGGUGUGGAGAAGUAGUUGAGUUUGUUAAAUAUGCUCCUCUGAGUCAUUUUAGGCUAUUGCACAAGACACUCUGCCUUGGGCCAGCCUUCAUUCUCCAAGAAUCUGGCCCGCGGGUGUCCUCUGAAGCACCUAAAAUACUUCUGGCAGUUAGUGGGCACCCUAAAAGACUUGAGUCUUUUAUGUCAGUGGCUGUGAUUUGCAUUCCGAGCUAGAUGGAUAUUUCUGUGGGCAGAAGAAUGUGGGUGCAAUCUCUGUCCAUCUGUACUAUUUCCCUUGGGGAAGUAGAGACAAACAGAAGUCCAUAUGCACGUGAGGUCUGAAUAACAGUCUGCAGAGCCCAACAUGUGCAGGAGCUUCUCAGUCUAUGAAGGGGGAAACUUGAAUGCACACAGUUCAUCCUGUUAAGAGUCAUUUUCCUUCUAACAAAAGAAGAGACCCUAUGGAGCUCAGCACAGUCAUUAGCCCAUGGCUAAUGAAUUUAAUUAAUUUGCUAUGGGGAAACAGGAGGUGUUCUAGGCUAAUGCUUUGGGACACACUCCUUCAUUUCCCUUUUCAUUGUCUAUAGCUCUAUGCUCGGGGUAGCAUGGAAAAUGUACUGUAAUUUCUCAGAAUCAGAGAAUAGACUUGAAAAUAGCACAGAGAAAGAUUUAGCUAACUGAAGUGUAUCUUAGCUGUUAUCCCAGCCUUCUGAUUUCUGUUCCUUGCCCUCAUCUGUGACCUCUGCUCAAUUAUAUUGAGUAUGUUCUCAAAACAGAUUAACUUGUAAUGUCCAAAUUCAGACAUCCAGGGACGGUAUAUGUGCAAAGUCCCUUCACCUGUCCACAUUUUGCUACCCUUAUAUUAAUACCAAAUAGAUUUUAAUUAAAAGAUUUAAUUAAAAGAUCUAUCUCUUCUGGUGAAGAAAAUAAUACAACAGGAUUCUUAAUUACAGUUAAUCUGGAAUGCAGAAAGGAAAUACUAAACUAGAAAAAAAAAACCCAAUGGCUUCUGUCUUUCAAGUUUCCAGAUCUCUUAGGUGGUAGGGUUGCCAGACCCUCCAUGGAGACGGGGCUCCCCCGCCAGCAGGCCCUUCCCUCCCAGCCACCAAUCAGCUGGCCGGGGGGAGGGGCUUACCAAUAGAAAGAAGGCCCAGGCCACGUUGCCAGGAUUUAACUGGAAGUGAUGUCAUCAUGGCUGUGACGUCCGGUUGACACUUUGGUAUUUGGGCAAAAACACUGGGCGAAGCCAUUUUUACCACAGAAUUUAUGCCCAUUACCAGACUGUCGCCUGGAUGUCACAGAGUGAUGACGUCAUUUCCUGUGCGACACUGGCAACAUGACCUGGCCUUUACUCUUUCUCCUGGUAAGUGCCCCCCAUCCCCCACUGGUGCUAGGGGGAACCUAGCAACCCUCUUCUGUGGUUUUGCAGCAGGACGAGAUGAUAUGUUGUGUAAGAGUUUCAGGACUGUCCUUUUAACCAUGUAUUAUAUUGCUAGUAGGAGAUGUAUUCUCCGACUGCUGCAUAGGCAAUGCUUAGCAGUCAGUACUAUACUGAUUUUGCCAUUUACUGUGUGAUUACUGUACAGACAUAAUGAGCUUAGUAUUGUAAGAAACAGGCUGGACAGGUAUAGGAGAUUGUGGAUUGGAUCCCCAUGCACAAGGGGGUGGUGAUUUUCUGUGAUUCCACCCCUUCCAAAGCAGCUCUCCAACUCCCCCCUCAUGCUACUCCUAGGGGCCCGUGAUUCCCCAGGAGCAGCAUCCGGGCAGCAUUUCAGACUGCAGUAGAAGAGGGGAGGUGGGGAGGCUGCGUUUCCAUGCAUGGGAUUUAGAUGUGGGAUCCAGUCCACUGGGGACAGCUCUAAAUGUCUUGCUUCGAAAGGGAUUGGUGCUCUGUUUUAGGGCACUGGUCAUCAUGUGCCAUCCAGAUGUUCACAGGGCCAUCCCCCCUCCCCAUGCUGAUCACUGGUAGUCAAAACAGAUUCAGAGCUUGACUGAGAAGAGUUGAAAGGCUCUUGCUAGCUCACAUAUAAUUUUUAACUACCACAAUUGCUCAUUCAUCUGAAAGGAAAACACUGUCACUAGACCAAGGACUGGGUUUCUUGUUAGUGUUCAUAAAGGAUAUAACCGUUAAGUUCCAGGAGAGGCCAUUGAAAAGUCAGUCUUAAAUUUCCCUGGGAGUAGGAUCAAAAUCUAGGAACAGUAUUAGGUUGCUGUAAAGUAGUCAGAGUUAUUUAUGAUAACCUCACUUAACCCUGGGCUAAUUUUCAUUCUGUACAGUAACAAAAAAAAUGGAUAUUUUUUUUUUGCAUAGUGUUGAUAGGCAAAUGAUGUGAGAGGUCCAUCCAUAAAGAACUGCACAUUUACAUCAGCCUUUUCAGCCUUCCCCUGUAUGACAGUUUGCCUCAUUUUUUUUCACCUAUGGCCAAUCCUUCUUUGUCACCAGUUUAUUACUAACUCCUCUGUUGCCUGACGUACUUUAUGGAUGGUCCUUGGCCCUUGCAAAAUCUUUAGACACAUUUACCUGCAUCAUUUGCCGGUGUGACCUAUGAUCAGAAUUGUCCGGGGGGAUACUAAACUCUGUCACAGUAGUUUAUAGGAUCUCUUAUCAAGAGGCACUUUGAUAAUAAUUGUUUUUGAGUGGUUGGGCAUAAUUUGACCUAAGCUGGACCUAACCAGGAGCACCACAACCAUCAUUCUGAAAAGAAAGGAGGACACUUCUAGAUAGAUAGAUAGAUAGAUAGAUAGAUAGAUAGAUAGAUAGAUAGAUAGAUAGAUACAUAGAUACAUAGAUAGAUGGAUGAUGGAUGGACUAAUGGUGGAAAUAAUAAGCAACAUAACAAAAAUAAAACUGGUGACAUGUUGCAGUUCAGGAUGGGUCUAGCAAGGGUGAAGGCCAAUGCCAUAACAGAUGCUGCUAAUUGUUCCUCAGAACUGUGACUAAAGAAUUAAUGUAGGAGAAUUAGCUCAUGAUUAUAAGCUUUAAUAACCAUAAAAAGUAUUAGAGAAAGUCAAGAACAACUGAAAAUUCUCCUCCUCAUCAGUAAGUUAAAGGGCCUGAUCCAGACCUUCCAUGAACAGAGCAAGGCCCACUUAACCCUCCGCAGUGCAAUCUACUGUACUCUCAGAAAAUCACACCUGAGGGGCACGUGAUGUUGCAUGAGGGACUGCAGCAAAAAAGGGGAAUUGGCAAAUCUCUUUUUCCUCGCUCCUCAGAAAUUAAUGUAAGAGGACGGUCUCAUGAUUCUCAGGAGCAGCUUUUCAGGGGGGCCCAGGAAGUAGAAGCCACCAGAAAUACUUGACACAAAAGCAUUUCAUUCUCAGGAGGAUUAAAUUGAAAUAAUGUUAAACCUUUACCCAACUUGAUAGCUAUUGUGUAUAAUUUCUUUUUUAGGCCACAAGAUAGUAUAUUACAGCACAGGAUAAAAUGAGCAAAUGAAAAUGGAGAUUUGAUAAACAAUAAUCAAGGUAUCAUGCAUAAAUAUAACCAGAUAGUGUGUUAAUUUGUAUACUAUUAAAAGUAGUGUUUAAUAUCUAAGGAGGGACAAAAAAAUCUAUAGUAACAGGCAAUAGGCCUCAAACAAUUAUAGAAUACAGUUUAUAUUCAGUCAACUGUUAAAAAGGCCUCAUUUGCCCAGCCGCCUAGUCAAAAAGAAAAAAGGUCUCAUACUCUAUAUGAGUUCAUGAGGAAUUACUAGCUUCAAAUGCAUACUUAUAGACUUGUUUACAGUUUUCAGCUUGUAGGAAAGGCGCCAACACUAGGAAAUAAAACUAUAAUAAGAGAAUGAAGCAUAUCAGCAUAAUGGUAUUGCAGAAACUAUAGUUUGACUUGAGAAAUGUGUAAUAUUUCUGUAUAAACAUGUCUCGCAAAACCCUCUUUGGGGGAAUUUGAAACAAAUUCUUAUCAUACAUGGAGAAAUACAUGAAAACUGUUUCUUGACACAUUCUGAAAUUUAGGACAUUAGGAAAAUCAGGUUCUUAGCCAAACAGCAGUUUUCCUUUGAUGCCAAGUUCAAAAAGAAUACAGCCAGACCCUGAAGUCUUCAUUAUAAUCCAGAAUUCCAGCUGUAGCCUAUGCAACACAUAUCGAAAAACACUUGCAGUCCCAGCACCUAGAGAAGGGGAGAGGGCAGCAAAGGCAAGAACCCCCUUUACAACUGCCUGCCAAUAAUAUAAUCACACACAGCGUUUUGGAUUAAAAUGUGGAAUAAAAUGGCCACAACUUUUAUCGGUUACAGCUGUAAGAAGCAUUAGCACAGCAUGGGUCUGCCAGAUUCUGGCAUCAACUGACCCGUCUGCUGGUCGAUGCACCCUGUUUGGGUACACAGUUUGGUGCAGUGGUUAAGUGUGCAGACUCUAAUCUGGGAGAAGCGGGUU